UCUCUUGAGGCAUCCCAAAAAGUGAUGGUACAGUCUACAAUGUAUGUAACAUGUGUAUGAUCAGAUCAUUUUUUGGUUCAGCUUGAGCAAACACUAUCUAAUUGUUGCAAAGAAGAAAGAAUCAAGAGAGACCAUACACACUGAUCAUUUUGUUUGUGGAGCUAGAGCGUUCAAUUUACACAAAUCGGCAAGUAAGUAAUCAAAUUAAUUUUCUGGGAAGAUUUUGAAAUUGGAAUUUUAAAUGUUUUGUGUAAAUCGUUGCGACUCGUCGAUUUGGGUGAGCAAAGUCUAUUCACUAAAACCUCGUAAAAGCCCAAACGCUUGGAGAAGGUUCGGGAGAGAGAUAGAGUUGCUUUCUCUCCGCACAAGGGAAAUGGCGAGCACGGAUUCGAAUCACGGGUAACCUCCUCCUCCUCCGAGUAUCGAAAUGAAAGCCCCGCAGGAUCCAUUCUUCGUUAGACGAUUAGUUUCUCAUCGAAAUGUCAAGAUUCCGUCCCGUGAUUGUGAUGAGAACCAUCCCGAUCAUGCUGAUCAGUGGCGUUUUAUCGUAAAUAGUUCAAAAUCGUUCAAGCUCUGUAUGUGUAGUGUGGAGAGAGUUCCUUCAAGUUCUGCAGUGAUUGUAUGAUUACUCAAUUCGUGGAGAGUGUAUCAGAAUCUCUAACCUUGUUGAUUUCAGAGACAAAAGAGCAUUCCACAAAUGCUUCGGACUGUUUGGGUUGGUGAUGGAUUAAAAGGUUUUUUGUUCUUUUGUUCUUUAAUGGAUUGAAGAAGUCUCAUCCCAACUUAGGAGGGCACUGGGUACAUUUUUUAGCAGGAGCUAUUGGUGAUACAGUUGGUUCUUUCGUUUAUGGUCCUUGUGAAGUAAUAAAGCAGAGGAUGCAAAUUCAAGGCACUAGUAGCUCCUGGAGCUCUUUUAUUCCAAGGAAAAGCGUUCCAGUUAAACCAAGAGGUGACAUGCACUGGAAUGUUCCAAGCUGGAUGCUCAAUAUGGAAAGAGCAAGGGCCAAAGGGACUGUAUGCUGGAUACUGGUCUACACUAGCAAGGGAUGUACCUUUUGCUGGCCUUAUGGUUUUUAUGAAGCACUAAAGGAUCUAACAGAUGAAGGGAAGAAAAAGUUUCCACAAUUUGGAGUUAACAGUUCAGUCGAGGGGCUCGUAUUGGGAGGAUUAGCUGGUGGACUAGGCGCGUAUCUCACAACUCCACUGGAUGUUGUAAAAACAAGAUUGCCAGUGCAAGGAACAACGAUCAAGUACAAGGGGUGGUUGGAUGCAGUGGGUCAGAUACGGAGGAAGGAAGGUCGAGAGGGUUUUUUCAGGGGAAGCGUCCCAAGGGUCAUGUUGUAUCUUCCAGCCUCGGCACUUACAUUCAUGGCCGUUGAGUUCCUUAGAGAGAGCUUCAGAGAGAAAGGUAAAAAUAACAAUGUUGUCUCCAACUUGAGCAUAGAGAGUAAAAGAUCUUCAGUACAUGAGGUUAGGGAGAACUAGUGACAUGAUUCUUGU